CUUGGCUUAAACGAAGACCGCAGAAUCCCAAUGCUGUCUGUCUAAGCGAGUCCCUCCUCCUCCUCCUCCUCCUAAUCCUCCUCGACCCUUUGCGCUUCGCCUUCAUCCCCUUGGAUCCUUCCACCUUUUCCAGUUUCUUUGAUUUAUCCAACAAUGGAGGUUCGAUGCUCCUGCAACUAAUUAUAACCAUUAAUUACAACCCUUCCUUCAUCUUCACUUCCUCACAUCGAUCUUCUAAUUCUUCUCCUCUAUCAUCUAUGGCGGCUAAAGCUUUUCCUCCGCUCGGUAUCGCCGGGGACUCAAACUCCAACAACUACACCGCCGGCAUUGAGAUUAAUCUCGAUAACCACCACCUUCAUCAUCCAAACCCUUCCAACGCCACCGCCAUAAUCACUUCUCAUCCUCCCCAAGCUGCGGCUGCUGCUGCCGCCGCCGCCAGUAGAAAGAGGGCUGCCGCCGAUACGGAGCUCCACGGCGUCUCCAGAUUUCUCCGACGGCCGGUGAACGGUAAAAAUGGCGAUUGGGCCAGAGGAGGAGGGGUGGUUGACAGUCCUAAUCAAAUCUCAGUUUCUCCCAACUACUCCACUACUCCCGCCAUGACGAUGACGAUGAUGCUUCCUCCUUCCCCCAAUUUCAAUAUAAUAAUGACGUCUGCACCAGAUGCUACUCUCCCUCCCCUCUUUUCCAAUUCCACAGCCACCGCCGCCGCCGCCGCUGCAAACUACAUGGAUUCCACCACCACCACCACCACCUCUUACCCCACCCAACUCCAUCACCAAUCUUCCUCCGCCGUCUGCGAUUUCUCCGGCAUGCCGUUAUUCCCUCCGGAUAGAAACCGAGGAGCCUUGCAGCUCCCCCCUCCCCCUCCUCCUCUCCUCGCCGGCGGCAGCUCCAGUUCUUCCGGCAUGGACGACACCACGGCGUGGAUUGACGGCAUCAUAAAAGACCUAAUCUACAGCUCCAACCAUGUCUCCGUACCGCAGCUUAUCCUCAACGUACGAGAGAUCAUCUACCCUUGCAACCCUAAUCUCGCCGCCCUCCUCGAAUACCGCCUCCGCUCUCUCGGCGCCCCCGCCGACGACGACGACACCACCCGCCGCAGAAAGGAGCUGCUUCCGCCGCCGCCGCCGCUCCGACUGCACGCCGAAAACAACAACUCCUUAUUGCACGUACUCUCCCAUGGUGGCCCCAACAUUGAGCCCUUGAACCAGUGGUCCUCUCCACCCACCUACCUCCAAACCAAUACCCUAACCCCCGCAAAGUCCCCCACCACCGCCGCCGCUCUUUCCUUCUCCACGGCGCCGCAUUCCGACGAGUCCGUCACCCGAUCGGAAGCCACCCGCCCCCAAGAGUUGCAGCAGAAGAGUCCAUCCGCAGAGCCAACCACAACGACGGGAGCCUCUCCACCAGUCAUCAAUGUAAACAUCAAUGCCAACGCCAUCUGCAGAGAAAGGAGACAAGAAUUGCAGCAGCAGCAGCAGAAGGACGAAGAAGGCCUGCAUCUCCUAACCCUACUCCUACAAUGCGCAGAGGCAGUCUCCGCCGACAACUUGGAAGAGGCCAACACGAUCCUCUUAGAAAUCUCCCAACUCGCCACACCCUUCGGAACAUCCGCCCAGCGCGUCGCCGCCUACUUCUCGGAGGCCAUGUCUGCAAGAAUAGUGAGCUCCUGUUUGGGCAUCUACGCAGCGCUGCCGCCUCUGCCAAGCAGCCAGAAGUCGAAAAUGGCGACCGCCUUCCAAGUCUUCAACGGGAUCAGCCCCUUCGUCAAGUUCUCCCACUUCACAGCGAACCAGGCGAUUCAGGAGGCAUUCGAGAGGGAGGAUCGAGUGCACAUAAUCGAUCUGGACAUAAUGCAGGGCCUACAGUGGCCGGGCCUCUUCCAUAUUCUGGCGUCGAGGCCGGGAGGCCCGCCGUUCGUCCGGCUGACCGGUUUGGGGAAUUCCGCGGAGGCUCUGGAAGCGACGGGGAAGAGGCUGUCGGAUUUUGCAGAGAAAUUAGGUUUGCCGUUUGAGUUCAUGGCUCUGGCUGAUAAAGUUGGGAAUCUGAAUCCGGAGAAGCUGAAUGUGAGCAAGAGGGAGGCUGUUGCUGUUCACUGGUUGCAGCACUCUCUGUAUGACGUCACUGGGUCUGACACCAACACUUUGUGGCUGCUGCAGAGGCUGUGUCCGAAAGUGGUGACGGUUGUGGAGCAAGAUUUGAGCAGGCAGGCGGCGGGGUCGUUCUUGGGGAGGUUUGUGGAGGCGAUCCAUUAUUACUCGGCUCUGUUCGACUCGCUGGGAGCGUGCUACGGGGAGGAGAGCGAGGAGAGGCAUGUGGUGGAGCAGCAGCUGCUGUCGAGGGAGAUCAGGAACGUGUUGGGGGUGGGGGGUAAUGGUGGGGGUGGAGGUGAGGUGAAGUUUGGGAACUGGAGGGAGAAGCUUGAGGAGUGUGGGUUCAAGGGGGUGUCGCUGGCGGGGAACGCCGCAGCUCAGGCGAGCCUCCUGCUCGGAAUGUUCCCCUCCGAUGGGUACACUCUGGUGGAAGAGAAUGGAGCUCUCAAGCUUGGCUGGAAGGAUCUCUGUUUGCUCACUGCCUCCGCCUGGCGCCCCGCUUCUGCAUUUCGCCAUAGCUAGGCUUGCUUGCUUGUUCCAGUCGUCGUCUUCUUCUUUUUUAGCUUGGCCUGCCUCAGACCAGUCCAUAUUGUUUCAGGCAGGCAGGCAGGCAGGCAUUUUGAUAGCAGAUUUGACAAAGAUAGCAUCAUGCUUAUCAAAUUAAUUAAUUAAUUAAAUAGUUGUGUUUAGUUACAUUGCAAUAGAUAGGGAGAGUGAGUUGAGAGUUGUGAUGCUGAUGCAUGCACGCACGCACUUAGUAUUACUUAUGAUCAGAUGAAGAUUGUUUGAGAUUGUAAAAGCAUACAUAUAGUACAAUCAUUUCACUUGAGACUAGAUUAUGGACUGUAAUGGCAAUGGUGUAAGGACUACAAGGCCCGGCUUUGCUUUCUUCUGCUCAUCAAAUCUCU